AUGAAAUUAAAUAGUGCUUUUUGCGUGUUUCUCUUAGGAAGUGGUUUGCCGCUGGUCCAAGGUUUACAAUGUUCAUCUCACGAUGUAUUAAAGAAAUUCCAAUUGGAUAAGCAUAUCUCAAAGGGUAUUACUAAUAAGGAGACUCCACCUAGUGAAACUACACAAACCUGGUGGGUUAAUCCAUGUUCCGAAAAUAAGGAUAAUGUUGAAAUUCCUUCAGAAUGUAAUAGCAAUGACAUCCUCUGUGGUAUAACAGAAGUGAAAUUACCAAAUAAGGAUAAAAUAGUUACACAGAUCAUUGAUUUUAACAAAAAUGUUGCAUUCAGCGUUGAAGAAGUUGAUAGCCAAUUGACUUUAAGUUUUAAGGGUGCUAGAUGGGGUUCAAGUAACAUUGAUGCUAAAAUAGAAUACCAAUGUAAUAAUAACAUGUACGAUGAUGAAAUAACUUAUAGUACCAUGGAAGAUGAUGUCAUUAGUUUAUCUAUAGAGGGUCCAUCUGGUUGUCUAAAGGAUAAUUCUAAUGAUGACAAUGAUAAUAACAAUGACAAUAAUAAUAACGAUAAUAACAACAAUAAGAACAGGAAGAACAAAGAUUCAAAUAGCAGCGGAUUCUCAUGGUUUACUUGGUUAAUUAUAUAUGCUUUAUUAUUCACUGUGAUAUACUUAAUGAUUGUCUCAUACAUGAAUACAAGAGGCGGUUCAUUCGAUGAUUUCCGUAAUGAAUUCAUUGAACGUACUACUCAAUUUGUAACGUCACUUCCAACUUUUGGCAAAGAGGUUGCAGCAAAGAUAUUCGGAAGUACAUCUUCUUCUCAAAGAGGUGGUUACAGUGCUGUUUAA